AUGUCAGUAAAAACGGUAACCACUAAUGCUGGUAUUCAGAUGCCUCGUUUAAUCUAUGGAACAGCUUGGAAAAAAGAAGCAACCAUUUCUCUUGUUAUCAAAGCAAUUUUGAAUGGUUUUCGUGGUAUUGACACAGCAUGUCAACCGAAACAUUACAGUGAGGAUCUUGUUGGUCAGGCAUUAGUCGAACUUGAAACGAAGCAUAAUAUUCCACGUAAAGAUCUAUUUAUUCAAACGAAAUUUACACCGCUUCGUGGACAAGACCAAUCUAAACCUCUACCUUACGAUCCUCAUGCAUCUUUACCUCAACAAGUUCAACAAUCAUUCGCAACAUCAUUAAAAAAUUUAAAUACAGAUUAUAUUGAUUCAUUGGUACUUCAUAGUCCAUUACAAUCACACGACUUGAACAUGCAGGUUUAUCGCGAAGUCGAAAAAUUUGUUGAUGAAGGUCGUGUGAAACAAUUAGGCAUUAGUAAUUUAUAUGAUCUUGAAGGUCUAAAACGAUUAUAUGAUGAUGCUCGACAUAAACCAUCAGUCAUACAAAAUCGUUUCUAUGCUGAAACUCAAUUUGACAGUGAUAUACGACAGUUUUGUCGUGAGAAGAAUAUUUUUUAUCAGAGUUUUUGGACACUCACAGCUAAUCCACAAAUUCUUAGUCAUCCAUUAGUAAAGCAACUCGCUCAACAACGGCAUGGUACAUCGGCACAAGUAUUGUUUCGAUUUUUGCUAGAUAUUGGUUUAACACCGUUGACUGGCACGACAAAUGAACAACAUAUGAAAGAAGAUCUAAAUGUCUUAGAAUGGCCAUCGCUCGACAAUGAAUCAAUUGAAAAACUGAAAAAACUCAUUCAUGAUUGA